CAGAGCAAACCGGAUCACGUCACUCGGAAUAAACAUUGGUAAUGGUCGGUGAACAUGAAUCAAGCAAACGUCGAGAAUUUAGUAAAUAAAUUAAGGUACAAUGUCAAGCCACGUCGGAAGUUCCGAAACAUCGACGGUCCAGAAGGACGACUUCGCAAAUUCCAAAAAACCCUGACGGCAUUGAUUAAAUACGAGCGACUCGAGUUAAAUUAUCAAAGAGCUGAUGAAACCAGGGGUUAUGUUGAUCAGUUGAUAUUUGAAGCGAUACGCCAUGGAUCCACACAUAAGGAAACAAUGGACUUGGCAAAUUUUUGGAUACUGGAAAAGCAACUGAUACAUAAACUAUUCAAAGUUCUUGUACCGAGAUAUCAGAAUUAUACCAGCUCAUUUACAAAACUUCACAAAGCACCAAAUAUAUAUCCCGCAAUCCCCUAUAACAGGGCAAUUUUAGAACUUAGAGGUAACAUAUACCCAAGCGUAGAACAGUACAAUCCGCAUGAACGAAAUUUACUUCAUAAUCUACUGCUUAAUGCAGCAAAAAAGGAAUUUAGAAUGGAAAAAUAUAAAGAAAUUGCGAACAAUAUAAAACAAUAGAGAUGAAAGGCAAGGAGAAGAAAAAGUAAUUUAGUCUUUUGUGAAGAUUCCAAAAUCCUAUAUAUUGGAAUAGGUUCAUAAUUUUCUUCAUUGACGAA